ACUCGCUAAUAACAGAAGAUUUCAACCAAGAAGUUUGAUAUUGAAAAGACCUUCUGGAAAACAGAAAAAAAACCUUUCCAAGAAAGAGUGGGCGAGAGAGAGAGUUUGACUAAUAAAAAUAAGAGUUGAAACAGAAACAGGAUGCCGACCCUGACGAAGCUGUACACGAUGCAAGAGGCAGCCCAACACAACACUCCUCAAGAUUGCUGGGUCGUUAUUGAUGGCAAGGUUUAUGAUGUGGGUUCAUACUUGGAUGAGCACCCUGGUGGAGAUGAUGUUAUCCUUGCUACAACUGGCAAAGAUGCAACGGAUGAAUUUGAAGAUGCGGGGCACAGCAAAAGCGCCAGAGAGCAAUUAGAAACCUUUUUCAUUGGUGAGCUUGACCUGUCUGCCACAGUUAUCCCAGAACUUGAAAUCUCCUCCAAGAAACAAGCAGAUUAUACCCAGAAGCUCAAGGAUUUGACAAAGCAAUACUGGGCAGUUUCUGUAGCCAUUGCUGGUGUCUCAGUGGUUGGCUUCUUGUACUUACGCAAGAAGUAGAGGAGCUCAUCCUUUUUUAUCCUCUCUGCAGGGAACGCAUUUUUUUAUCAAAUUUUGAAUAAUUAGGGGAAUGAUGAUUGAGAAUAGCCCAUUGUUAUUUAUAAAAAAAUUGAAAGACUGGGAAGACUACACCGGGUCUUAGAUUGAAGCAUGAUGGGGAGUGCCAUACGCCUAAUAUUAUUGAAAGAAAGGGGGGAAAAAGACGUGGUUUUUGCUGUUUUUUCUUUUAUUGGCACCUUGCUUCGUUUCUUUUUAAUUAUUGUUUACAUUUAAACAGGUUAAUUACAUAAUGCAUGAUUACUUGUUGCGCA